UGCCGCCGCCGCCGCCGCCGCCGCCGCCUCUGCUGCUCCCCGCGGGCGACGCACACACCGCCUGGGCACCGCGUCCGCCCGCCUCUGUGGACCAGGGUGCUGGAGCCGGUGCGGGUGCAGGUGCGGCCGCCAGCGCGACGCCGCAAGAUGACUGCGGGCCGACGCCACGGCAUCGCCGCCUCGUCUGCGUCUGCGAGCGUCGCGACGCCCCACCCGGCAAGCCGACUGCCUCUGCGCCCCUUGUGUAGCGAGCUGCACGGCGACUCGAACGCUUAGGAACGAUGCCCGCUACCGUGUGUCCAUUCUGCCUUGCCUUCUUCGCCACCGGCGUCGGCUAAGUGAGCUGAACACUUUUUUUUUUACUUUUUUUUCGUUGGUACUUGUCGUGUGACACAUCAGGAGCGAGGUAAAUACUUUCUCUGCGCAAUUUUCAUACAAAACCGCUAACGUACCAUCCAAAAAAAAGGGUAAAUUCACGCACUUUACAUAUUUUGUACCAUAAAAUAUAUAAAUAUAAAUAUAUAUAUAUAUAUAUAUAUAUGUAUACAUCUAUAAAUUUGUGAAAUAUUAGUAUCGGUGUUUAAUAUAUCGUUGUGGUAAAUGUUUCAAAUUUUGUGUGAUAUAUUCUUCGUGAGAAAACGUACAAGAUAUACUUCUCUAUUUUUCCGCAUAAACGUCAGAUCGGUGACCUAAAGCUCCGUUAGGUGCAGUUCACAAAAGGACUAGCGGAGCUACUUUUUGGAGUUUAGAGGGUCACUUGUGUCUAUUUUUAAAGAGGGGGAAAAAUAAAGUAUUUAUUUGACGUCGUAGUGUCUAGAGAAUUUGUGUCCGGAAUAUUUUGUUAAGAGGUUUACUGCCAAAGUAGACGUCGUCUCGCGACUAUAUUUUUCGGAGACCGACCCGACAGGACACGCGUUUCCGGCGUAGUGAGAAGGGGGAACUCGGUACUCCCCCCCAGGAGAUGGCUUCACCGCAGGGCCGCAAAUCACUGCUGUCGCUCGGCAACUGGACGAACUUCAUGGGCAGGGACGGCCACAACAACAACAGCAACAGCAACCACCACCAGCACCACGGCGUCAACAACAACAACAACGGCGGCGGCGGGGUGCGCAACGAGCGCAGCGGCAGCUCGGCGAGCCGCGACUUCUGGAGCCGCGUGUCGCAGCAGAUGUCGUACAUCGACGGCAGCACGCGCAGCAACUCCAUCCUGAGCACGGGCAGCGGCUACCAGCCGCAGGCGCUGCCGCCGCCGCCGCCGCCCCCGCACGCCCACCCCGCCGGCGCGCCGCACCACCAGCAACAGCUAGAAUACUACAAAUGGAAACUGGGACUCUCAAGGAACUCGUUCUGCACGGCGUUCGUAGAUGGAGAGCGCGUUCUCACGCAGGCGCCGCCGCGCAAGGCGAGCAGCUGGGAGGAGGGGGCGGCGCUGCAGCGGCGGCGGUCUGUGAUGCUGAUGACGGCCGCUGCGGGCGCUGCCAGCGCCGCGUCUGGCGUCAACAACUCCAACCCGGGCGUCGCGGCGGCGCUGCUGGCGGCCGGCGUCGACCCCAUAGACAAGCGCGACCUGCGCUACUACUUCCAGCACCCCUACCCGCGCCUCUUCGUCACUUACUUCGUCAUCUUCUGCAACUUUCUCAUCUUCGCCGAGGACCCCAUUUCUCAUAGCCACACUGAGUCGACUAUCCCCAUCGUGGGCAACGUGUUCAGCUUCGUGUUGACCAAAUACCCACCGGAGUGGCGAUGGUCGCUCAUCAAGGUGCUGAUGUGGCUGCUGGCCAUCCUGUGCGGCAUGAUAGUAGGCAAGCUGCUCAUCCACGGCUACCUGUGCGGCACUCUGCUCCGCCUCAAGAUGUUCCGCGACGACCAGGGCUCCUGGAUGACGAUGUUCCUGACGGUGAUCGUGUCGCUGUACGUGUUCUCGCACGGCUACAACCUGCUGCUGGCGCUCUGGUACGACAACUGCCUGCUGCACAUCAACAGCGACAUGGGCGUCACCAACGCCAGCGUGAUGAAGGCGGCGGCGUGCGGCACUUGGCUGGGCGACCUGAUCACGGCGCUGAUGGUGACGGACAUGAUGCUGCAGGACAACCUGUACCCGCAGUGGGCGCGGAGCGCGCGCGCCGUGUGGCGCCGCUCCAACGUGCCGCGCAUCCUGCUCUUCUGGGUCGGCUCCGUCGUCGCCACCGCCGUCGUCGUCACGCUCAUCGUCAGCGACUGGAUCAGCUGGGACCACCUCAACCAAGACUUCCUCUCCACCACCGAGCUUUCGCGUGCAUUUCUGGCUUCUUUCAUCCUAGUCAUGGACUUACUGAUUGUCAUGCAAGACUGGGACUUCCCACAUUUCACAACAACAUUGCACGUCAACCUUCCGGGUUUCAGUGUAGCCACACUGCAGUGGAAGUAUGCAGAAGUAGACAUAACAGGAAAAUGGUUCAACUAUGGCAUAAUUUUUCUUGUCAUGUUGCUGGACUUGAAUAUGUGGAAAAACCAAAUAUUUUAUGAUCCAAAGGACUUCGGCCAGUACACAGGACCUGAUGACAAAGUACGCACAGUGAAUGAACCAGAAAUAUUAUCAACAGGCAACAGUUCACUCUGGACAUGGGAGUAUAGGUCUCAAAUCAAUCCACAAACUGGUCUUCCGUUUUAUGAAGAGGACAUGCAGAUGAAUUCACGCUAUAUGAACUACCCCUUGUCAGUGAAGUGGACAGCAUUUAUACCAUCAGGAAUUGGUUUAAUAUUGUUUGUUUCUCUCGUGUCUCUUUAUGGAAGAUUCCCAUCAAACCAGGAUCCUGUUGGGGCCAUGUUUCGAAGUCUAACCACGCUUCGGCAAGGAUUUACCCUUCAGGGCAUUGGGGUUCAUGAACUGCUGUCACUGAAAGGUGCAUCACCAUAUGUACACUGAGGCACAGCUUUUUCAAUGUCUCAAACAUAAUCGUCUGUUUCUUUGUAAGAGUACUACUUUUUUCUACACUGGUGCUGUUGCAGACAUUGUUGGAGCGUUCACGGGUGGAGCAGCACAAGGAUCCUGGCUUCCGGUAACCUCUGCUCUGUUGGUUGUGGAACAGUAAACAUUGCAACACUAGAUGAAUCUCUUUUUGUAUAUAAAUGUGUUGCAAACUCUUUAAUUUCUUUGUGUAGAAGCUUGUUUUUAAAAAUAGUUUGAUUGUUAUAUUUUUAUACAUGGAUUGUAUAUCAAUAUAAAUGGAAAUAUUGAUGAUGCUCCUCUAAUUUGUAAAGAAUUGAUGUACUGUCACUCUGUAUCGUACCUCUUCUUCUCUGAUGUAAAACAUGAACAUUAAAUUGCAUCCUCUACAUUAAAGCAAAUGAAUUUAAAUGUUGGCAUUUGUUUACAGGAUAUUCAUUUUGAUGCAUUAUAAGCUCUGAAGUAGUUAUAAUAAAGUAGACCAAACACUUUA